AUGCAACGACCAAACAACCUCCCCUACAUCCGCCGCUAUAUCACGACGCACAGCAAAGAUGGCGAAGCCGUCUUCCUCUCCAAUACCCAAGUUCCCAAUUACAUCCCCUCCAAGCCCGCUGGCCAGGAUGGUGAACUAGCCCUCCUCUACACAACAUCAGCCACACCCGUCGAUCUCACCGAUGAGGGCGACGUGGCCGACUACGAUGACUUCCUCCAUACACCACCGGGCCUGACCACUCCACGAGGCACGGUUAUGCGGACGAUUGACCUUCGGCCCGGGAAAGUUUCCCCGAUGCAUCGGACUGUCAGCUUGGAUUAUGGGGUUGUGCUUGAGGGCGAGGUCGAACUUAUCCUCGAUUCUGGGCAGAGCCGGGUGCUGAGACGAGGCGAUGUUAGUGUGCAGCGGGGGACGGCGCAUUCGUAUAAGAAUCGGAGUGAGACGGAGUGGUGUCGGAUGUUAUUUGUGUUUUUACCUAUCAACCAAUUAACUAUCAAAGGGAAGGAGUUGGAGAUGGAAGUUUACGAUGAGCAGUAUCAAGACGGUGGGCAGGAUAAAUGA